AUGGAGCGCACCACGCUCGGCAUUUCCCUCAUCGACCGCAUACCCAACGUGGAGAUACGACAGCGAACAAGGGCCAUAGACGUCGGUCUGCGCAUUGGCACGCUGCCGAGUAACGACGAAAUAUCAUCAGUUAUGAGAAGAUUACUUUUAACUAUUUUGUUUGAAUGUGUCAUUUGCAAACCUACUGGAAAUUCUGAUAAUAUACCUAAAACAAAUGUUACAAGUGCUUAUUUGUCAAAAUGGGAAGAUCUGGAUACUCGACCCUUGCCCCAAUGGUACGAUGCGGCUAAAAUUGGGAUUUUCAUACAUUGGGGAAUAUACUCUGUGGCAGGUAAAAACGAAUGGCUCUGGGCUAACAUGGAAGGUGGUGAUGCGGAAACUGUCAGCAUUCUGAGGAAGAAAUAUGGUCCUAAUUUCGCUUAUGAAGAUUUGGCACCAUUAUUCACAGCUAAAUCUUUUAAUCCCGAUAAAUGGGCAAAACUUUUUGCGAAAUCCGGAGCUAAAUACGUCGUUCUCACUACCAAGCAUCACGACGGAUUUACCUUGUUUCCAUCUAAACGUCCUUAUUGGAAUUCAGUGGACGAAGGACCAAAAAAAGACAUCGUGAAACUUCUUUCAAAGGCAGUAAGAAAACACAACAUGAAAUUUGGUGUCUAUUACUCCUUAUACGAAUGGUUUAAUAAACUAUUCUUGAAUGACAAAAUAAGUGGUUACAAAACUACCAAGUACACCGAUGAAAUAGUUUGGCCAGACAUUAAAUACUUGGUUGAAAAUUACAAACCGUCAGUGCUGUGGAGCGACGGAGAAUCAGAUGCAAGUGAUGCUUACUGGAAGUCACCAGAACUGUUAGCCUGGCUCUACAAUGAAAGCCCUGUUAAACAUGAAAUUGUAGUCAAUGAUAGAUGGGGCGCGGACACAAACUGUAAACAUGGAGACUUCUAUAAUUGUGCGGACAGAUUCAAUCCCAACUACUCGUCCAUAAAUCAUAAAUGGGAAAAUGCUUUUUCCUUAGAUAAGUAUUCUUGGGGUUAUCGAAAAGACACGAACAAAGGUGCUGAUAUUUUAAGCGAUCACGAAUUGCUGGAGUCGGUUGUUUCCACUGUCAGCUGUGCAGGGAAUGCAUUUAUUAACGUUGGACCAACGGAAGAUGGAACUAUCGUACCCAUAUUUCAAGAGCGUCUUUUGCAACUGGGUGAAUGGCUUGACGUAAAUGGUGAAGCAAUUUAUGACACGUCGCCCUGGACGUACCAAAAAGACAGUCACAAUACAGACGUUUGGUACACGUGCAGAAAGAAAGAAUACAACCCUUCGAAACCUGUGGCAUUGCCGAGUGAAUCAGAUAUAAUCACAGCAGUUUAUGUUAUUUUCUUAAAAUGGCCCAAAAGCAACCUUUUGAUAGUUAAAGAUCUGGUUCCUUAUUCGAAGAAAGGCAUUUACCAAGUAGAUAUGCUGGGUUCUAAAGUCCUCGAAGAUUUAAACUGGUGGAUCGGAAAAGACAUGGUUGAAAUCGCCCUCCCUGACAAAGCCGAUAUGAGCACCGAACAUGCCUGGACCUUGAAGAUUCAUACAAAGUUAUGACGUGGAGAUUUACUCACAAGAUUUCAUUUAUUAUAGUAAUUGGAUAUAUCGCACUGCUAUUACUAUAGUGUUGUAACUCAAAAUAUGUGAGAUUCAAUAUUAUAUUAUAGCUGAUCGUAUUUGAUUCUCUAAACGUCAAUAAAAACCGUCGUUAGAAUAUUGUAAGACACAAUAAAAAAACAAACAAAACAAA